AUGUUUAUCGUCAUCAAAUAUGGAGAUAAUCAGCAGUUUCUAGUCAACACUAAUUGCUCUGUUCUCUUAUUGCUGCAUUACACUCGUGAUAAAGUGGGACUGUCUAAAACAGACACCAUCGAUUUGUGUGAUGAAAUGGGGACAAUGAAGCUGCUUUUCCUGAUGAAGACCCCUGGAGACUAUGCCAGCAAAUUCCUUACAGCCCGAAACACCUACUACAUUUGUAGAGUGGAACGUGGGGCUCCAGGAACUCGACUUGAGAAUGCCUAUAGAGCUUUUGUGCCUCUCUUGAAGAACCCAGAGCCUGAGUUACUUG